UCCCGUCUCCUUGAAGCUAUAAACACGGCUCUGCUCCACUCUCUUCCACUCCAGCCAGAGAAUUUAAUCCCACCAUCAUCACCUUCAACACCAAUAAUUUCCUAAAAAUGGCAAAAAACCCGCCGGAGGAGGCGAUGAACAUCCAGCUCUCCGAGAGCGGCGGCGCCGCAUUGGUCUCACAGAGCAACAUCCUCCGGAAAAGUGACGUCAUGCAGGCCGUGAUCCGGCUGCUCUGCCUCCUCACGAGCUCGGCGGCGCUGACGGUUAUGACCACCGCCAAACAGUCCGCCACCAUCACUCUCUACGGCUUCACCUUGCCGCUCUACUCCAAGUGGUCCUUUUCCGACUCAUUUGUGUAUGUUGUUUGUGUUUGUGCAGCUGUGGCACUUCACUCCUUGCUUCAAUUGCUCAUCAAUGUGUCAAGGAUGAUUCGUAAAUCUCCCCACAUUCCUUCUAGGAAUCAUGCAUGGCUCAUUUUUGCCGCAGAUCAGAUAUUUGCGUAUGCGGUUAUGAGUGCAGGAUCAGCAGCAUCGGGUGUGACAAACUUGAACCGGACAGGAAUCCAUCAUACACCAUUGCCGAAUUUCUGCAAGCCAUUGCAUGUUUUCUGUGAUCGCAUCGCAAUUUCCAUAGCCUUUACAUUUCUCACAUGUUUCCUACUUGCCAUUACUGUUGUACUCGAUGUUGUUUGUCUCUCUAACUACUAGUUACACUUGAAAAAUCAAGUGUGUGAAAACUUGGAUCUAUAAAAACAUAUUGAAACUUGCGAUCUUUAGCUAAGAAAAUAUAGUACCUUUUAUAUCAGUGUCAUUGGAUCUUACUUGUUUAAA